AUUCUCGUUUCGAACCCUAACAUUUCGCUAUCACGUUUCACACACACUCUUCAGCUCAAAAACAAGCUUAAUAGUGUGAGCUUCGUUUUCUUCAUCUUUUUAAAUCUGAAUUCGAAGAUUUAGGGUUUGUGUUUCGAAGACAAUGGCGGAAGAACCGGAGAGCACUGUGACCAGCCAGGAGUCGUUGAUCGAGAAGAUCGCCGAUAAGAUUAAAGGCCACGAUUCCUCAUCUUCGUCCGAUUCCGAUUCGGAUUCCGAGAAAAACGUAGCUUCGUCAAUUAAGGAGAAGGUGUUUCGCCUCUUCGGUAGAGAGAGGCCUGUUCACUCCGUCCUCGGCGGCGGAAAGCCUGCUGAUGUGCUAUUAUGGAGGAACAAGAAGAUAUCUGGUGGUGUGCUUGGAGGAGCCACUGCUGUUUGGGUCUUCUUUGAAUUGCUUGAAUAUAACCUUCUCACUCUUGUUUGUCACAUUUUGAUCCUGUUGCUUGCUGGUUUGUUCUUGUGGUCCAAUGCUCAGACGUUCAUCUACAAGAAGGAGCCUCACAUCCCACAUGUUCAUAUUCCAGAAGAACCAUUCCUGCAAGUUGCAUCUGCAUUGAGAAUUGAAAUCAAUGCUGGAUUUUCUGCCUUGCGUAACAUUGGUGCUGGAAAGGAUUUGAAGAAAUUCCUAAUUGUUAUUGCUGGCUUGUGGGUUUUAUCUAUUAUUGGUAGCUGGUGCAAUUUCCUGACCUUGUUCUACAUAACUUUUGUUUUGUUGCACACCGUCCCUGUUGUGUAUGAUAAGUACGAAGAUAAGAUAGACCCCUUGGCUGAAAAGGGUUUCAUUGAGUUUAAAAAGCAAUAUGCUGUGUUUGAUGAAAAGGUGUUAAGUAAGAUCCCUAAAGGUCCGUUGAAGGCCAAGAAGUUAGCCUAGUGUUUAGGGUUGGUGUGCCCCAUAACCCAACACAAUAGAGUAGCUCUGCUUGAGUACUUUUAUAUACCAGAGCCUCGCAUCUUUUGUCGUAUAACCAUGGCCUUGUUAAAGUUUGUUUCAAGCUUCAAUAUUUAGUUUUUAAGUUUUGUUACAGGCAUGUAUGGAUCUUGCUGGCUAUGUUUUCUGGGCUUGUUUUUAGUCCUUGAAUCAGUAAUUCUUAUUGUGAGCUAAAAACCUCACCUCUUGUUCUUAUCGCUGACUUCGUGGUGCUUGCUGGUAAAUAGAAUUGCCGGUUCAUGAUUACUGAAAA